GUGGGCAAGUCGCUGUCCUCGUGAUGCCAGUUCCUGACUCCCAGUUCAUGUGAUUUUAUUUACGGAUUCUCGUUCUGAAGUUCAGAUACUGCAACGAGGUUGUUCUAUACCGAGAUUAAAAAGAAUUUUCAGUUCUCCGGAAUUACACGUACACGGUGGAAACGUAAAUGGCGAGUAACAAAUUCCAGAUAGUCGUCCAAGGUGAGGCAUCUGAGACGGACUCGGAUGAAGAGGUUUAUUUAACGUCCCUCCCUUCGACUCAGUCCGCUGCAGCCGGGGUAAAGGUGCCAGGAGAAGCAUCAGAGACGGAUAGCGAAGGGGAAGCAGAUAAAGUGCGGAAGCUGGUUGUUGCAGGGAAUUCAGAAUACUCGCAAGUACUGCGCAAGGACUUACCGCCACUCAUCGUGAUAAGAAACACCCCGGACUUUCUAUCAGCAGUGGAAGAUAAACCUGCGCUGAGGGUUGAGCAAAGCGGGCGUUAUAACACAUUACUUCAACAGAAACUGCAGGAGAACAACGCGCGACUGUGCAGUGACGUAACACAGAUGUUCAGACAAGUGUACAACAACGCAACGAAAGAUAUACGGACGGCCACAACUCACCUCAACAAUUCCCAGAAUGGCAUCAUCAACGCUUCGCACAGCAUUCGUCUCAUUCUAGAAGAUCUAAAAUCUGUUUCUGAGAAAAUCGAUAUAAUUACUAGUUGUAACCUACUCCCCGACAUCACCAUAGACACCCCAUAACUCUUGAUAGUGUUUUUUUCUUUCUUUUUUUUUUACAUUUGUAUACGCACAAUAUAAACCACACUCGAUAAUUACAGAAAUAUAAAAAAAGAAUGUGAAGAUUUUUUUUAACGUAGCAUACCGCCUCCCUUGUCGAGCCUUUAACGAAUAAACUGCAUAUUUGCCAUUUUUCCUGCAAAAAAUUUUGGAUAGCCUACAUUUAUUUUUGCUUAAAAUGGAAACUAACCAAGUUUAAUGCCGAUUGCAAAAGCAUGAGUAUUAUGUCAAUCAGUAUUUUUUAUUUAAUAACAUGUUACUGCACUUUCUUUUGUCUACAAUGUAAUGGUGAAUGAAACCUUUCUAAAUUGUAAUUUCAAUAAACAACUUCAUAAAUGUCCCGUUCCACCCA